AUGCUCCUGCUCAUCAUCGCCUUUCUUUCUCUAAUCUCCUUCACUGUGGCAUCUACGCCGACCUCAUUCUGCAAGUGUACCUGUUUCUCCAAUAGCACGAUCAUUCCCCUCGACCCCGCCAAGUCCGGAACCUCAUCAUCCACCUUUGACAAUGUCCUGCACCUUAACAAACGCGCCUUUGAUGCCUUCAAAGCCGGAGCCGAGAUCGAAGACGACGACCACUUGACCAAGCGCACAACAAAAUACCGAGCUCUGAGCUGCAACGACUGCAAUCGCAAGUUCUGUUUGGACUACGAGCUCCCGACAUGCAAAGGGGCGAAGGAAGAUGACGUCUUCACCACUUGCUUCCAGCGCGACUCGCGAAAGGACGAAGCAGUGGUGUUUAUUUUCAUCUUUGCUACAGGUGGCCUGCUGGCUUGGGCUAUCUUGAAGCCGUGGAUUGAGCGAUAUCUCGAGGCUGCGCGAGAGCGCCGAUCGUACAUACCCGUUAACGAUCCUGAGAGCUAA